AUGUCCAUUUCCAUCAAUGGAGCCCAAGUUGGUUAUUUCAAUUGUAACAGGGGAGUGAGACAAGGAGACCCCCUUUCCCCCCUUUUAUUUUGUCUUGUAGAAGAUAUUUUAAGUAGAGGAAUUUCAAAUCUUGUUGAGCAAGGCAGCUUGAACCUCAUCAAAGGACCUAGAGGUUCUUUAGUUCCCUCCCAUGUCUUAUAUGCAGAUGAUAUCAUGUUAUUCUGCAAAGCCAAGCCAUAUAAUAUGGAAGCUCUUAAAAGCUUGUUCCUCAAAUAUGCUCAAUGCUCAUGUCAACAUGUUAAUCCUCAUAAGUUUAUCAUUUAUGCAGGGUCCACUACCUCAUCUAGGUUUACAUUAUUGGCUCAGACUCUAGGCUUCAAGGAAGGACAACUCCUCUUUUCUUAUCUAGGGAUUUCCAUUUUCAGAGGUAAGCCAAAGGCUGUGUAUUUCCAACCUUUAGUGGAUAGAGUGAAAGCCAAACUCUCCAAUUGGAAAGCAUCCCUUCUAAGCAUGGCUGGAAGAGUGCAGACCAUUAAAAGUGUCAUUCAUGAGUUAGAAGAUUUUCUCCCUAAGAUGACUGGGAUUCUCAAUCAGGUUCACAUUCCUCUAGUUCCAAGAAGUGAUGAGCUUAGAUGGAUGCACUCUCUAGAAGGCACUCUAAGUCUUAAAUAUGCCUAUAAUUUUAAGUCUCCUCCUAGAAAUAAUAUCGAUUGGGCAAAGCUGAUUUGGAAUUCCUCUGUUCCUCCCUCUAAAUCACUAUUUGUAUGGAAACUUAUUCCAUCCAAAGUUCCAGUUGAUGAAGCUCUUGCCAAUAGAGCAAUUCUUCUGUUUCCCUCAGUAUGUAAUCUUUGUGAUUGCCAUAUUGAAACAAAUGAGCACCUCUUUUAG